AUGGUUAUGUGGAUCUGUGGGAGACACAGUCCACGACUGUUGACUGUUGAAGAAGGUGGAAAGUGGAGGAAGGCCGUAGAUGGAAGAACGGUGGUUGCAGUGUCCUCUCUUGGACAGGACAUGAAGGACUCUGAGGAGAACAAAGUAGGUUCCAAUUUCAAAAAAAAAUCUGAAAAGUCUGAGUCAGGAAUCUUUCGUAGCUGUGUUGGGUAUUGUCAGGACCCGAAAUCUGCUAUCAAAGGAACAACCCAGCAGGUUGAAAUUUAUGUGAGAAAAGUGUUCUGCAUCAGCAAAGCCUUGACACAAUUACUACUUGAUGUGGACGCUGCUUCUCAAAAAGAAGAAGAUGAACAAGACGCUAGUGGUGAAAGAAGAACUCCUCAUGUUAGUCUAGAUACACGUCUGAAUAAUAGGGUGCUUGAUCUCAGAACACCGGCUAAUCAAGCGAUCUUUAGAGUCAGAUCGCACAUUGAAAACUUUUUCAGACAGUAUCUCCUGGCACUUGAAUUCGAUUCCAUACACACUCCUAAGCUGCUGGCUAGAAAGAUUAACGGAGGAGCAUCGGUUUUCUGCCUUGAUUACAUUGGAAAGGAUGCAUCACUAGCUCAAUCGGCUCAGCUCCACAAGCAAAUGGCAAUUUCCAGCGGAUUCACCAAAGUGUUCGACAUUGGGACAUACUUCCGUUCUGAAAGGUCGUCCACAAACCGUCAUCUCACUGAGUUUGUGACUCUUAAUGUCGAGAUGGAGCUCAAGUACCACUACAAUGAGGUUAUGGAUCUUGUAGACGGGUUGUUCGCUGAUAUUUUCAUGCAAGUGAACCAGAGCUGUGCAAACCAACUUGAUGCUAUCGCGAAGCAAUACCCAUUUGAACCUCUGAAGUUCCUUCCAAACACAUUGAGGAUUUCCUUUGAGAGAGGGGUACAAAUGCAUGAGGAAUCUGGUGAGAAGAUUGAAGUCCAUUUUGUAGGUUCAAAAUUGAGGGAGACAGACAUGAAAAAUGAUAUCACAGUCGAACCCAGGCGAGUGUGAAGUAAAAAAAGCUCACGCUAACGGAAGUGAUGAUUUUGGUAUGCAACGAGGACGUUGUGAUAUGUUAGUGGGGGUGAAUUGUAACAUCCCGAUUUCAGGAAUAUGGUGGUGCAUGCGAAGAUAUUUAAAAGAAUUACUUAUAACAAUUUAGUUUUUCCAUAUUUGUAAGUUGAUGAAUAACAUAAAUAUCGGAUUUUAAUAUUUAUAUAUCUAUUAUAUUAAAGCAAGUUGUUAAAUCUUUGUUAUUUUGUGUUAAACUUUUUUGUAAAAACAAGGUGAUAAAAUUGAAGGUUGUAUUCCUUUUGGAUACUAUAAGAAUGAAAUUCCUAAAUACA